GCUCGUUACUGUUUGAUAGGAUGGGGUGCCGGAGGACUACGCCACAUUGGCGCAUGUUUUGGAAUUUUUGGAGGCGUAAGCGCGGCGAAGGGGAAGCCAAUAAAGAGGACAUUAUGUCUCUGAACUUUAGGAGUUCAAACAAUCGGUUAUUGAAGUUGAAAUAGUUUCUUGUUUGGUGUUUGUUUCGCGGUGUUGCAGGUUAUGAUCGAGCCCAAGGGAAUGAGAAUGGGUGAAUGUCAUGGAGAAGAAGGCGCGCGGUUUCUGUGUGGAUGCGCUGGUUGCCGGAGUUUAUUGAGAGAGGGGGUGUGUUGCUGAGCUGGGUUUUUGAUUGUUUCUCGGCUUUGCAACUAUAUCCGAUGAUGUGGAUGCUAGGACAGCAGUGGCACUUUGACGUUUGCAUAUUCUCUGUGAAAAUGAUCACCGUCAUGAGACUUGAGCGAGCAGAAACAAUACGAUUGCUCGCCACGGUCGUACUAGAACCAGCACCACAAAAGUUCUCAUUGGGAGAGCAUAUGUGCCGCUAGGCCCCCACUUUGAGCUCAUUCGAGCCGUGCUGUUUAUAAGCCA